AUGCACUGUGAAUGUCAAAUUCCAAAACAGCUGUUUUCAACCGCAUUGCAUAGUUAUUUUUUUGUAUAUUUGUAAAUAAAUUGCACGUAAAAAGGAAAAAAAGGAUUCAAAAUGCGCAUAACACAAUAUUUAACUAGUAAACUGAAGAACUUUUCGAAUCUGCCCAAAGAGUACAUCGAGCGCAGCAAGAAGCAGGUCUAUUGGAAAACACCACGCGAAAUAAAUUAUUUACCACGCACCGUUGAGCGCAAGCGAUUUCGCUAUACCACAAACCGUUCAUGGACAGGUCAAUUUCGGCAACAGAAUAUGCCGGCCACAAUGCGAAAAAAGGUGUUUGUGGAACCAGUUGAGGACUGGAGCUUCUUCCGUGGCGAUCGCAUUGAGGUGCUCGUUGGCAAGGACAAGGGCAAGCAGGGCUUAAUCACCCAGGUGAUACCCGAACGCAAUUGGGUUAUUGUUGAGGGCAUCAAUUGGCAUUAUCGGCGUGUGGGCGCCGAUAAAGAGUUUCCCGGCAUAACCAUUAAAUCGGAGGCGCCACUGCAUGUAACCAAAGACAUACGCCUGGCGGAUCCAUCCGAUCUGCAGGGCACCGAAUUCGAGUGGCGCUUCACAGAGGAGGGCGAAAAGGUGCGCGUCUCGUUGCGUUCCGGUCGCAUUAUACCCAUACCGGAGACAAAUAAUCAAACACACGAUUACAAAACGCCCAAUGCGUACAUUGAGCGCGAAAAGGAUACACCAGCUGCCGUCGUCAGCGAGAUCACUUUCCAGCCAAAGUUGUCCACGUUCGAAAUGGACAUCAUGGAGGAAAUGGACAUUAAGGAGGAGCGCACACCGGCCAAGAGCUAUUGGUAUUAGACAUAAUUCUAUUGCUUGUUUAUUAAAAAAAAACACAACAAAAAAAGUGUAAUUCGA